AUGUUAUUACAAGCACAGCAGGUCUCGCCUAGAUCCAAAACCUUUAAGACCACCAUACUUGCCGCGUCAGUGGUAUUAUGUUUCCUGGUUUAUCAAGCGUGGAACCACCAGGACCGUAUCGCCGAUGAAUUAGCUGAGCAUCUCCGCAUACCUGCAGGAUACUGCCUUGGCCAGGCUGUUGAUAGUCGCCCAGAGCCAGCAGAAGUGGCCCAGCCAGUGGCCGACGAGGGCAUCCCGAAAAGGAUAUGGUACAAGCUUGGGCCGAAGGGCAAGAGUCCGGACAUCGAAGCGUGGACGCAGAGCUGCAUCAAGCAGAACCCAAGCUACAGAUAUGAGUUCUUCUCGGACCCAUCGGCCGAUUACUGGGUUGAGCAGACUUUCUCAGCAACACGGCCCGACAUCGUCGAAGCAUAUCUGAGCCUUACUGUUCCGAUUCUUAAAGCGGAUCUCCUCAGAUACCUCCUGUUGUAUGUCGAGGGCGGCGUAUGGUCAGACCUAGACGUAUCGUGCGAGGGCAUCCCGAUCGACCAGUGGAUCCCGGAGGUGCACAGGAACGAGACCUCGCUGCUCGUCGGCUGGGAAUUUGACGCAGGGUGGAGCUGGGACUACACGCACGAGUUCGCCAGCUGGACCAUCCUCUCCAAGCCGAGGCUACCACACAUGCUGAUGGUGAUCAAUGACAUAAUGGAUUCGAUCCACCGAAGCACGGCAGAGGCCAACGUCACCAUCGCCGAGCUGACGAUGGAGAUAGUCGGGGACAUCGUCGACUACACCGGCCCGAGGCGGAUGACCCGGAGCAUCAUCAAGAGCCUGGGGCUUGCUCGGGGUCGACCAGUUGAGCGGGAGGAAAUCGAGAACAUCCGAGAGCCUUUGCGUAUUCAGGAUGUCACCAUUCUUCCAGGCUAUGCGUUCGCCAACUUGACCAACAAGUAUGAUGAGGCAGAUGGUCCAAUCGGCGAAACGUUGGUAACUCAUCACUACGCGGGCACGUGGAAGAAUGAGAAUGGUGGUGAACUGGCUAGGAGACAGCCACGGAGGAUAUAA